AUGAAGUUUACACUUAACACAGUACCGAGCAAUGUGAAACUGAAGAUUGAUGUAUGGGACGUCGAUGACAACAACCAUGAUCAUGUUGAUUAUCUGGCCUCAGUGGUUGCACUUACGCCCACACUGACCGAAGAAGACGCCGAGCUCAUUGAGUUGAAGUUAACGAGCAGAACAAUAAUGUUUGCUGAAAUGAAAGUUUUCUGCGACCCAGAUUACUAUGGAAAAGGUUGUAAUAUUUAUUGUCACGCAGGAAUAGAUGACAACUUUUCUUGUGAUCUUGACACAGGCGCUAAAGUAUGUCACGAUGGUUGGGUCGGCCCAAAUUGCAAUGUUAGUGGAGAUGAUUGCUUGCUCGUAUUCUGCGAAAACAAUGGUACCUGCGUCGACCAACACCUCGACUAUACAUGUCAGUGCGAGAGGGGCUAUUCAGGUCGGCAUUGUGAAAUGGAAAUCGAUGAAUGUUUGUCUAUGCCCUGUGCUAACAACGGAACAUGUACAGACGGACUAGCCCGCUACUAUUGCCAAUGUCCAAAUGGCUGGACGGGUCCGACGUGCCAGCGAAGUGUCAACGAUUGCUCGGACGUCCCCUGCCAUCACAACGCGACGUGCAUCGAUCUCCAUCUUGGCUACGUUUGCAACUGCGCCGACGGAUGGACAGGAGAUGAUUGCAUGGUCAACAUUAACGAUUGCGCUAGUAACCCUUGCAAUGGCAGCGGAAAAUGUCUCGAUUUAGUAUCAGGCUUUGAUUGCGUGUGCGACCCAGGCUGGACUGGUGACCUAUGCGAAAUUCAAAUUGACGAGUGCCAACUUGACGAAGUGCCCUGCAUGCACAACUCGACUUGCGUGGACACCGAGGGAAGUUACCAGUGCAAUUGUCUCCCAGGCUACGAAGGUAAAAACUGUGAGGAGGACAUUAACGAAUGCUCCCUGGGAUACUGUAAAAAUGGUGCCAUCUGCCUAGAUUUCAUCAACGAGUACAAAUGCCAGUGUAUGGACGGCUGGACGGGCCCCAGUUGCGAGAUCAAUGUCGAUGAUUGCGAGAUUAAUGAAUGCCACGAAAACUCCACCUGUAUCGACGACAUUGCAUCGUAUACGUGUCUUUGUCCAGUCGGGUGGACAGGAAUGUAUUGCGAUAAAGAGAAGCCACCCUGUAACUUCAACCAUUGUGCAAAUAAUGGAUCUUGCUUCAUGAACGACUUGAAGAACGUCGAAGGCGGAGGCUUUACCUGUGCCUGUACAGCUCAAUGGACUGGAGAUACAUGCGAGAUACCUAUGUCCAUUUAUCUUCGAAUGACGACGCCAAGAAUUCCAGCCUCAAAUUCAAUGGAAGUCUUCUUGAUUGGAAACGUAGCAAUGGUAAACAAGGAACAGGUUGAAGCUGAUCUGAUGAAACUGUUAGCUCAUCAACUAGCAAUGAAAGAAACAGACCUCAAAAUAGAUAUUGAAUUAACAGACAUACCUAACGACCAGGUGGAAUUGGUUCAUGUGCUGGCCACUGCCUCUACCGAAAAUCUGGAAGACAAACCCAAACUCGAAAAUCUCAACAGUACAUGGCUCUCUAUACCUUAUUAUGCCGUCAAACGUGGCAUGACAUAUCCGAUAUAUGAAGGAGAAAUUAAGCAACAAGCUCACAGCUCAGACCCGGAAAAUGCUCCGACAAUUGUAAGUUAA